AUGGAUGUUGAGGAAUUAGGAUUGUCACUUCAGCAAUUCGGAUGGCUGGACUACGUAUUUUUUGUAGCAAUGCUGCUGAUAUGCAUUUUUAUAGGAAUAUAUUUUGGUUUUAUAAAGAAAGUAGACAGCGAACAAGAAUACUUGGCUGGAGGAAGAAAUAUGCUUGUUACUCCGAUUUCUAUGUCACUCAUUGCCAGUUAUAUAUCUGGAAUAACAUUAUUAGGAUUACCAGCAGAUGUCUAUAGAUUUGGAAUGCAAUAUGCAUAUGUUGCAUUUGGAAUUAUUUUUACAGGAUUUGCAAUGAAUUAUAUAUACUUGCCAGUAUUCUUAAAACUUAAUAUUACUUCAACUUAUGAGUAUUUAGAGUUACGAUUUAACAAAAAAGUAAGAACUUUUGGAUCUAUAUUAUACACAAUAGGAAAUAUAGCGUAUUUGCCAAUUGUGAUUUAUGUUCCUGCUUUAGCUUUUAAUCAAGUUACUGGCGUAAAUGUGCAUGUCAUCACACCAAUAGUAUGUCUGGUUUGCAUUUUCUAUACAUGUGUGGGAGGUCUGAAGGCGGUAGUAUGGACCGAUGUUAUCCAAACUGUCGGAAUGUUUGGUUCAAUAAUUCUAGUUAUCAUAAAAGGUACUAUUGAUGUUGGUGGAUUCGGAACUGUGAUGGACAGAAGCUGGGAAAGCGGUAGAUUAGAGGCACCCGAUUUAAACCCAGAUCCUACUGCAAGACAUACACUAUGGACAUGCGUUGUAGGCGGUUGCAUCUCCUGGUUGCAAUCAAAUGCAGUUAGCCAGAAUAUGAUCCAGAGAUAUAUUGCUUUGCCUAGCUUGAGAGCAGCUCGAAGAGCUGCUUGGAUCCUGGUAGUUGGAGUUGCUUUAUUGAUUACAAUAUGCUCCUAUUGUGGCCUCCUCAUGUAUGCUACUUAUUACGAUUGUGAUCCUCUAACAACUAAGUUGGCACGAGUUAAAGAUCAAAUGUUGCCUUUGUUUGUAAUGCGGACAUUGAGUGGAGUUCCUGGAUUAUCUGGAUUAUUCAUAGCUGGUGUAUUUAGCGCAGCGUUAAGUUCUCUAUCGACUUGCCUCAACUCCAUGUCAGCUAUCGUUCUGGAGGACUUCGUCCGUCCAGUAGCAAAUUCUCGUGGUCAUACAUUGACGGACCGUCAAGCCUGGUACGUGAUGCGGCUGGUGGUGCUCUUCGUCGGUGCACUUUGCGUUAGCCUGGUGAUGCUCGUGGAACGCGCAGGCACUGUUUUCCAACUCACGUCCAGCGUCGAAGCCAUCACGUGUGGACCUUUACUUGGAAUUUUCACAGCUGGAAUGCUCAUACAUUGGGUCAACUCUAAGGGAGCAAUGACUGGUCUGUUCUGUGGAUUAGUUUUUAUGACCUGGUUAAGUCUGAACGCUCAAGCAGCUAUCGCAUCAGGGCACAUUGACUAUGAAACAAAACCAUUAUCUGCAGAAGGAUGUGACUACCUUUUUAAUGCUACUAGUUCAACAGAAGAACCCAUUAUUCAAGAAAGAUACGUAUUUCCAUUAUUCCGCAUAUCUUAUCUAUGGUACAGUCCUUUGGGCGCAAUAGUGACAGCACUCGUUGCGUGCACAGUCAGCCUGGUAACGAAAAAGAACUCGAUAACUGCGCCUGGUCUACUCGCCCCCUGCGUUAGGAAAAGACACCAGAUCAAAAUUAAUGCCAAUGAAAGCAAGGCUAAAGAUUUGGAGUUGACUGACAAAAUGAGCAAUGGUCACGACAACAAGAGCUAUGACUUCACCAAAUGAUUCGUUUUAUAGUUGAAAUUAAAUAAAAAGCCCUGAACUGAAGCGGAAGCACGAAAAGAAGUUAUAACUGACAAGAAAUUUAAGCCUGAACUUCUAAAAAUUAGCAAAAAAAAAACAUAUUUUUUUACCUCUACGCAGGGCACAUU